AUUAUCGAAGGUUUGUAGUGAGAGUCAGGUCCUAUCUUAUCUCAUACAUUCCUAAAUGAGGAAGGACACCAGUCCAAGUAUGAGGAUACUUCAAAAAUUGCCAUUAAUUAACGUAAAAGUAUAUAUUAUAAAAAAAUUGCCUUGGUCUUAUAUCUAUGUUAUCCGUGCUUCCUCUCCAAGCUUGCCUAUCCAACCCUUUAAUAUGAUAUCCCCAGUCGGUGUGGGACUAUAAAACUUUGAUUAUUGCUAAAUGCAAUGUAGUUGAAUUAUACUGCGGGUUAUACCGC